AUGACUGUUGAAGUGGCAGCCAGCGAAUGGUUCAAUUCUGAGGAAGUUCUCAAUUAUUUUAAAAUAGUCUCGGAGGAAUCUGAUAUCUCAAUUGAUCCGGAGGCCAAACCUCAGCUCAUUGGUGAAAAAAAGGUUGAUUUGAGAUGUGGACCCAUUCUAAGAUUAUUAGGAACAUACAAUAAUCAGCUGAAAUAUCGCGGGUCAUUGUUACUAGUCAUCAAUGGUGACUCAGAAUAUAUCCCCCACAUAUCGUAUAAGCUAGGUCCCAGUGAUAAUGUGAAGGAAAAUCUGGAAGAGCCGGUAGAUGUCAAAGAAGGAACAUUUGAAGGCCAUUUGAUACACACUGAAGGAGCAUUAUCAUUCUUUAGAUUUGAUAUCAAUUUUCCAUUAGCUAAAUGGGAGCAGAAAUGCAAGUAUGAUAUCGAAUGUGUGCAUGAACCUGAGUACCAGUUUUAUAUACCGGCUACGUUUCAGUCCAUGAAUGUGAUGUUUUACUCGUGUAAUGGGUUUUCCUACAACACCGACGGAUCAAAAUACAAAGGAACACUAUGGUAUGAUGUUCUCAGGAAUCAUAUGUCCAGUGGAUUGAGAUACCAUGUGAUGAUUGGCGGAGGAGAUCAAAUCUAUUCUGAUGUUGUCAAGAGAGAUACCCGGGAUUUGAAAGAGUGGUUAUCAACCACCAAGGCAGAAUCUAGAAAAAACAUUGAGAAAUCAGCUGAAUAUCUCGGGCAGCUCAAUAAUUUUUACUUAAACCAUUAUUUGAACUGGUAUGGAAGAGGGUACUUGAAUGGCACUAAGAACGAAUGUUUUAUUAGGAUGUUUCCUAGAGUGCUUGCCACCAUUCCAUCCAUUAACAUUUUUGAUGAUCAUGAUAUUAUCGACGGGUUUGGAUCUUAUGAAGAUAAUAUAAAUGGUUCGGACAUGUUUUUGGGGAUAGGAAAGAUGGCGAUGAAGCAUUAUUUGCUAUUCCAACACCAUACAUCCAUGGAAGAAGUCCAUAGCGGGGCAAUUGAAAAGGAGCCUAGUUGGGUGAUAGGCUCCAAAAUUGGCAGAUACAUUAAACAAAGAUCAAUGUCGGUGUAUCUGAGAUUAGGUAAAAAAAUUGGAUUUAUUGGCCUUGAUUGCCGUACUGAAAGAAGUCUUGAUGAAGUUGUUGUCCCAGAAACUUAUGAAAUCGUGUUCAACAGAAUAAAAAAAGAGUUGAAGGACUCCAAUUAUGAAAUUAAGCAUUUAUAUAUUUUAUUGGGUGUUCCAAUUUUGUAUCCAAGAUUGGUUUUGUUGGAAAAAAUCUUGAACAGCCCAACGACAAAGGUAUUGGCAGGUCUGUUGAGGAAAUUGCAUAUUGGUUCUGGAGCCAUUCAAGAAAUUGAUGGUGGAAUAGACAUUGUGGAUGAUAUGAAUGAUCACUGGUGUUCUGAUAACCAUAAGAAUGAGCGAAACAAACUUGUGGCUAGGUUACAGCAAUUUCUGAACGAGGAAAGUGUUCGCAUUACUUUCUUGGGGGGAGAUGUUCAUUUAGCGGCUGUCGGGAGAAUGAGAGGGUUAGAGAUUGUUGAUGAGGAACCGCAUCACAAACAGAAAUUUUUACAUAUCCAUGAGCACCACAGAAAACACUUCGUUGAUGUUGAGCCACUUGGUGAUCCUAGAUUGAUGUUCAAUGUUAUUUCUUCAGCCAUAACUAACCAUCCACCCCCCGAUAAAGUGGCCCAAAUGAUGUUCAAUGUUCAAAAGAAGCAUCAUUUUGGAGACGAGGCUCUAGAAGACAUGGUUCCAAUUUUCAAGACUGAGCCGGAUGAGGUGACUUUAAGAUCAAGUGUUCGGCAUAUAAAACAUCAUAAUGUGGAGUUUAUGAACAAAAGAAAUUACUCAGACUUGAUACCCGUGGAAAAUAGUCACAAGUACCAAAUUGGGGGUUUGAAAUAUCCCGGGCCAGUACACAAAGAAUCUAGAGAGUCGAUCAUUAAAGAAAAGUCUCAUACUAGGGAGGAUUCUGAUGAAAAAGUACAUCACGAUAUAGGAUAUCCAGUUGAUGUUGAUGGGUUGGCAGCUACGAUUCAUGUUGAAAAAAAUAUCAAGGAUCCAGAGGCAAGUACCUUUGACUAUGAAGUGAUAAUUCCUCUGUUGAAUGUUUUCAGUAAAGCCGAACCAUUGAAUCAAACACAUGUUAAGUAUGUACAUUAG